AUGGGAUCAGCACGAGACUGCUGGCUACCACUACCCAGGUUGAUGUUUGACAGGUUAUCGCUUGGGUGGAUGAGUAUGUCAUUUUUUUCGCUUAACCGGUUAAGCAAACACUGCAAGGUUCAAGCAGUGUAUUCAAACUGUCGCGUCACGCAAUACCCGACUAGAUCGACUACUUUUUCUUAUACGACAUUACAACCGAAAUUCAGCCAGAUUCUCGAGAAACAGUUACACCAUAGGUCGUGGACGGUCCUGCGGACGAAAUCCCGCAUCGAGAACAUGAUCUUGUAA